AUGGACGCUCUCGCUGUCUCAGGAAUCGCCUGUUUCGCCAACUGCCCCAAUUCUCUGCUUCCCAAUUCAUUAUAUCCAGUGCCUUAUCCUCCCAAGCCGCUUCUGAAGAAGAACCCACGACUAGCUUCGGUUUUGAAAGCCAGCUACAGCCCAGUGAGUGAACUUGCAGAGGACGAUGUUCUGCAAAUGUUUCUGGAGGAAAGAGCGGUUAGCGGAGACUUAAUAUCAAAAGUUUGUGACAUGUUCUGGCAGAGAGAUAUUGUAAAACUUGCUGAUGCUGAUGUCGAUGCCAGUAAAUUCGUUGAUACUACACUGGAACUAGAGCAGGGUACAGAAGAUGACGACAAUGAUGGAUUUUUGAAACUGUCUGGAACCCGGGAAUGGAUAUUAGGAGCUAGUGAUGCACCAGUGAACAAGAAAGCCAUUGCUAAGGCUCUGCAGGACGACAGAGAAAGAAGAAAAAAACUGAAUUUUCUUAAAUACGAAGCUCUCAAAAGAGAACUGAUGUUUCUAUCAAUUGGAAUUGGCACAGCGUGUUGCGGAUAUUGUUUAGUAACUUUAUCACUUCAGGCUGCAAUAAGUUAUGCAGUUGGAGUGCUUUUCAGUUUGCUAUACUUUCAGCUUUUGUGCCAGCAUUCAGACAACCUUUCAAGGGAAAUGAUCCCUUCAAUUUUCAUGCAAAAGAAGGCAAAGAAAAUUGGGAUAAGAAGUGAGGACCUCACAGAUUCAUUGGAGAAGACAAUAAGGGGAAGCGGCAUUGCACUUUCAUCUCCACGACUCGUGAUUCCAGCUGCAGUGUAUGGUCUUUGGGUCCUGUGUCAUCACUAUAUUGCCAUUGACUUGUUCGAUUUCCAGAUCGUCCCAGCCAUGUUCGGGAUGUUUGUGUACAAAGCUGCAGCUCUGGUUCAAGUGUACAGAGAUAACGAAGACCUCCAACUUAUCUUCCCGGAAGAUUGA